AUGUCAGAAACCUUACCUCAUAAAGCUUGUGACUUGGCUUUUUCUAGCUAUAGAAACUUCCAAAAGAAUUCAGUAAAAAAUUAUACAAGCAAAGAUGGAUGACCUUACUUGGGCAUCCAGAAUUCUUCGAGGCACCAAAGAUGUUACUCUAAGAAGUCAGUUCAAAGUAAUUACUUGCCUCCUAAAUUCCCAAAUUGUGAGGACCAGGUUAGCUGAGAUGAAUUGAGUGAUACUUCAGUCCCAACAGAUGUCCAGGAUAAGAAUAAUGUUCCCUCUACGCCACGAAUGAAUACUCCUAGCAGCUCCCUGACAGCCUGUAAGACUCCGAGUCUCUCCAAAAGCAUAUAAAAUCUGAAAAAUGAAAAAGAAGGCAAUACUCUUCCCGAAAAUCAGCUGUCGUACCGAAAUGACUGGUAUUUGACUCUUACGAGAACUUCGAAGAUAACAUAGGCAACGAUAUUGUUGCAGAUGAGUCAGAUCCAACCUUUGGUUGGAUCUCGGUCAGUGGGCAAAAUAUCACUAAUGUUCCUCACGAAGAGCAGAGCUAUGAUACUUUCUGGAAAACAAAGAAUAAGAUGUAUAUUCCUGACCAUAUAUCUGUCAAACAGUCAGAUAUAUCCUCUAGGAAUGAUAAGUUAAUGUUCCAACGAAGGGCUACUUCUAAGCUCAGAGAUGCCCUUGUUGCCUCAAGUAUAAGACUCAAGCAUUUUUAUUCGAGUCAGAAUGGCCUACUCAGAUAACCAACAAAACAACAAAAAUCUCUUCUCAACCCAAGUUUGGUUCUCAAUACACAAAUAGGAUAUUUCUUCCUUUAACUAUUCCUUCAUAAUUUCCUCAAAACUGGCACAAUUUUGCUUAAUUUUGCACUCAUAAAUUUAGGCUAAAAUACCUAUUAAACCCAAAAAAAUUAUUUUCUAAAACCAACAUCAUUAAAAAUUACAGAUCUUAGAGGAGCUAAUCUUUGCAGCAUAUAGAGAAUACGCCAGCGGAGCUAAGACGUGUAGAGCUAAGAAUAGGCCCGCAAAGACACUGGUGGCUGCAGAUUUGCCAACUGGCCUCAAGAAAUUUAAGACCUACAAGUGUGCUAAAUCUUCCAAACAAAGCAUUAGAACUACGACUGCAACGAGAGAGGUACCUCUCUCCCUGCAGUUUGAGUCUGAUGUAUUCUUGCAAGAAUAUAGCUCUCUGAUGAAGUCUUAUAAAUAACUCAAUCAGGCACCUCUCGAUGAGAAAGAAGGCCUUGAAAGAAGCCAUCAUUGAUGACAAAACAGCUACCGAAGAUCUUAAAUAAAGAUAUUUCUAAAGCCUGAACUUCUAAGGUUAAAAUUCUGAAGCAAAUUGAGAAGGUCUCUGAGGUUAAUGAUACUAAUAGAGCUGAGAUAUUCCAGCUGAGUAGACUUUAGCCGACCUGAAUGAGAGGACACAGCAGAAAUAUUAAGCAAGGGAGUUGUAUAACAAGGAGAGAGUAAACCUCAAGGCUAUAAUUUCAACUCUAAAAAUACCAUUAUAAACCACCAAGAUGGGAUAUAUGCUUUCAAGAAGGAACAGCAAGAUACCAAAUCAGAAGUUCAGAUCAGAACUUCAGAUCUGCAAGAGUGCCUUACUAAAAGUAACUGGACGGGAUUAUGCAUUAAAUAUAAGGGCAGAUAUCAAAAGAUUCUCUAAAUGAGGAAGAAAGUUUGAUAGUUUCACUAGGUACCUCAUCAUCAAUCUCAAAAGAUCAUCUCUAAAAUUAGGGAAUGAAGUCUCCAGUCAGAGUUUUGUUCAUGGCUAAAGCUAUCUUUAUCUGCCAUAUUUUUCAAAGCAAGCUG